UACAAGCACGUGGCUGAUGACAAUACUGAAACAUGGAGGCUGUGUAUGUCGUGUGUGACUUUUGAGAGCAAGAAAUGUGGCUGGUUGUAUUUGUAAGACAUCGCGUUUGUUUAUAUGUUGUUAUGGUAUAAAUGAGGAAGCUGUAAAAUUGUUUUCCAUGCUUAAAUCAAUUUAGGUUUUCUGUCACUGUAGUGUCCUUUGGAGGGUUUAGUAAGUGAAUUACCUCUAUUUAUAGUAAUUUUUUAAAGUCAGAGUCAGUCAGUCAGAGUAUAGUUUGGGCAAGGUGUUACAGCACAGUUUACGUCUGUUUCGUCUUUAAGUUUCGUGCAUUUUGCCUUGUUAGACGAGUUACAGUUAAGGAAGUGCGCUGCAUUAACAGGGAUGUCAUGCUUUAAAUCUCGAGGAAAUUUCCGGAAGACGAGCAGCGUGAAAUUUUGCAUCAACUUUUUUCCCUCCUUGACCGAAAUUAUUCGCACAGUUAUUGUGUGAUUAAUAAUUUAAAUCGACUGAAUUGGGCGAAAAGAUCAAUGCAUUUCGGGCAGGGUCACUGGGGACACUGAGUUAAUUUGAGUUGCAGCUGUGUAGGGAUCAGAUUCGCUCGAGUCAUUUGGGUUUUCUAGUCAUAAUGCUGCUGUCUCUGGUCGUGCACACGUACUCGUUGCGGUACUGGCUUCCAGCAGCGGUGAUGCUGGGCACCGCUCCUGCUUAUCUGCUGUCCUGGAGCGCCUGGCGGCUGCUGUCCACUAUGCUACCGUCCAGACUCUAUCACACUGUGGAUGACUGUGUGUAUUCAGUGUAUCAGAGUAUGGUCCUGUUCUUCUUCGAGAAUUACACAGGAGUGGAGAUUGUCAUUUAUGGGGACAUACCAAAGAAGAAGGAGAAUGUGGUUUACCUUUCAAACCAUCAAUCCACAGCUGACUGGAUCAUUGCUGACAUGUUAGCCAUUCGACAAAAAGCACUUGGACACGUAAGAUACGUCCUGAAAGAUGGUCUGAAGUGGCUUCCUUUGUAUGGAUGGUAUUUCUCACAGCAUGGAGGUGUGUAUGUGAAGAGAAGUGCCAACUUUGAUGAGAAAGCCAUGAAAAAUAAAUUAUCUUCUCAGACCAAACUGGGUACACCUGUGAGUAUAUAUAUCCAUAGCAAUCACUGAAUGAAAAUCCAAAACCUGUGUUUUGCUGGACUAAUAAACAAACAGAUGUUCCAUACAAGUUAAGAUGAGGAACAGUUUAAGAUGUUUAAGCUGUUAUUAAGGGAUGUUAUUAGGCAUAAUACAGAGCAGAGUUUGCACAGCUCUGCUUGCUCUGUCACUGCUUGACAGAAUUCAUGUGAUGUGCAGUCAUAAGUCUGUAUCCAGUAUAUUAAAUGUUUUAUAUAAUGGCUUCAAUUUGUAAAGAUCCAGAAUCCAUUAUCUCUGAAGCAUAUUUCGAUGGACCCUGUCGUCUUGAACUCCUCUAGGGCUCUUCACUUUUAAGGUGACUGUUCUAGAUUUUUAGUGGAGUGAGAACCUAAUUAGUAAGGUAUU